GGCUCGGAGGCGGACGGUGCACCCCAGCCCACCUACUGCCGGGCUGUCCAGUGCAGCAUGGCCGUCCGACCCCUCGGCAGCUCCGUCUGCCUGCUGGCGCUGCUCUGCGCCGUCCUCCCGUGCGCGCUAGCCGACGACGCCGGUGCUGGCACCAACGACGCGCUGGAUGAUCUGCUGGCGCUCGUCAACAGCGCGGUGAGAGAGGCCGUGGACCCCAUCUCCGCCGAGCUCCGCAGCCAUCGCGGGCUGCUGAACGACAUCUUGGGCAGGCUGAGCAGCCAGGACGCCCGCACUGACCAGCUGAGCUUGCGCCUGGACCAGCUCAACGUAAGGCUGGAUCAAGUCAAUUCGCAAUCUUUCUCUCAGCUGGACUCUUUGCGGACUGCCCUUAGUGCUCGGCUUGAUUCUAUCCAGGAGGUCUUAGAGUCGCAAAAUUUGUCCGUGAAUACCCGGCUUGAUUCCAUGCAAGACGCUAUGGAGUCUCAAAAUCUGUCAGUCAAUGCUCGGCUUACUUCCAUGCAAGACGCUAUGGAGUCUCAAAAUUUGGCCGUCGAUGCUCGGCUUCAUUCUAUUCAGAACGCUUUGCAGACUAAACCUCAGACCGCCAUUACCCGGCUCGAUUCCAUGCAAGAUGCUCUGGAGUCUCAAUUUCUGUCUGUCAAUGCCCGGCUCGAUUCUACUCAGAAGACAUUGGAAUCUCAGCUUCAGCCAGUCACGUCUCAACUCGACUCAAUGCAGGCGGAGCUCGGCUCUCAGCUGACUUCGUCCAACAGCAGUCUCAGACAUCUGCAGUCUGAGCUCGACACUGCGCUGGACUCGGUUACCACUCGGCUGGACUCGUUUGGCACACGACUGGAAGAGCUGGCAGAGAUACAGCAGAACGCGACCACCGGGCCACGAGACUGCAGCGAACUGCCAAGCGGUUACCCCAGCGGGGUUUACGCUCUGCAUCCCGGCUGGGGCCGCUCGAGCCCGGUGGAGGUAUUCUGCGAUAUGGAAACGGACGGUGGCGGUUGGACCGUGUUUCAGCGACGUGAAGACAUUCUGCCCAGGGAGGACUUCUACCGCAACUGGACCGAGUAUAAGUACGGAUUCGGAGACCUCACAGGAGAGUUCUGGAUGGGGCUAGAGAAGCUGUGGCUGCUCACUGGGAAGUCGGACAGGAGAUACGAGUUGCGCGUCGAUCUGGGAGAUUUCGACGGAGAGAAGAGAUACGCCAGGUAUGAGAACUUCAGAAUUUCAUCAGAGUUGGACGGAUAUCGAGUAACAGGUGGGAGCUACACAGGAAAUGCUGGAGACAGCAUGGCAUAUCACUUCGGACAGAAGUUCUCGACCAGGGACAAGGACCAGGACAAGCACUUUAGUAAUUGUGCGCGAGACCGUGAGAGUGGCUGGUGGUUUAAAAGUUGCGAUCAGGCAAACUUGAAUGGAGUGUAUCUGUCAGGAGAGGUUAAGGAUGGCACAGGGAGAGGAGUAGCAUGGGAUUCAUGGAGAGGUCAGCAAUACUCCCUUAAAAGUGCUGAAAUGAAAAUUCGUCCAUAUGCUGCCAGGGUCGGGUAACUUUUGUGAACUUUUUUCCCCUUGGGGAGCGCCUGCAUGCUUUAUCUAUCAUCAUUCAUUUUGUCUUUCUGUAAAUAUUGUAGUUCUCGCCUACAUAUUACUUUAUCACGAAGAUGCUUGGACUCUUGCGGUAAUCACGGAGUUUAGAACUUAUAAAACAGCAUGGAUGUCACCUGGGUGUCGAUUUGCGACGCAGAAAGCCACGGAUCGUCUGUAGAAGGGUACUAAUGUGCUAGUGUAGUUUCAAAUGCGCCGGUGUAUUAUACAAUUGCAUUGGGAAGACAGUAGUUCGGAUGAUAUUUGUCAAAGGCCCAUGAGGAAACGCUAUGCAAUGACUAACUGAUAAGAAUGAUUAGUGCUUCUUCAAGGCGCUUUAGCUCCCCCUUUCUUAGGUUUGCCAGUCUAGGUUGUGUGUUUUAAGAGGCAUGUUUACCCAUGUAAUGUUACAAGAGGCAUUUCUUAUUGUACCCAGAAUCCCGGAAAACCCAGGUAAAGUUUUCCGGGAUCUUCAUGUGUUCAUCUGUUGCCUAUGUACUUAGAAAUACUCACAUCCUUUUUUAACAGGUGCAUUGAAAAUAGUUGUGCGAUUAUAACUUGAUAAUUAUUGGUACUAAUUCUGACGCUGUUAGACGCAAUCUGUCAUUUUGAAAUGUACUUUCUGUUAUCAAAGGCGUGGCAAAGUAUUCAGAAAUAUACAGAACACUAGUA